UGUACUUUACUUUACAACCUACGAAUUCGAAAGAAGAAACCGCAGUCAUGGAGCGCAACAUGACGACCGCGAAACCCGCCGACAGACUGCCAAUUGACCCCGUCCAGCAGUCCCUCGAAUGGAACAACCAGUUCCCCGAGAUUGUUGACACCACCAUUCACCAAUUGAUCGAAGCCCAAGCAGAGGCUCGGCCAGACGCUGUAGCUAUCCGCGCUUGGGAUCGCGAGCUGACUUACAGCGAGCUCGACCGCGCCGCCAACCGCCUAGCAAACUACUUGGUUAGCCAACUGAAGGUGCAGCUCGAGGAGAUUGUUCACGUGUGCUUUGAGAAGACAGCGUGGUACUUUGUAGCCAUCUUGGCCAUCAACAAGGCCGGUGCCGUUUGGGCCCCGCUCGAUCCCUCACAUCCUCCUCAGCGCUGCCAGCAAAUCAUAUCGCAAACCAGAGCGCGAAUCAUUCUCUCAUCACCGAGCAAUGCUGAGCUGUGCGGCAGCCUUGUCGACACCGUGGUCGAGGUCACGCCGCGGUUCGAUGUUCAACUGAAGCGCGAUGCGAGCGCCAGCGAGACAGGACCGGACUCUGGAGUCGGGCCCAGGAACGCAGCGUACGUUCUAUUCACAAGUGGCAGUACAGGAACGCCAAAGGGCUUCGUGAUGGAACACGGGUCGGUGUGCACCAGUCAGACAGCCAUUGGACGCCGCCUAGGCUUGUCGUCCGACGUACGGAUACUUCAGUUUGCGACCUUUGUCUUUGAUCUCUCUAUUGGUGAGAUCAUUGGACCACUCAUCUUCGGUGCCACCUUGUGUGUGCCAUCCGACGAGACCCGUAUGAACGGGCUCCCCCAGUUCAUUCACGACCAGAAUAUCAACUGGGCCUAUUUGACCCCGGCAUUCACACGCACGCUCAACCCAGAUGACUUUCCUGGGCUCGAACUGUUGCUGCUUGCAGGCGAAGCUGUCGGAAGAGACGUCCUGGAGACGUGGUUCGGCAAGGUUCGCCUAAUCAACGGUUGGGGCCCAGCAGAGACCUGUGUGUUCUCGACCUUACAUGAAUGGAAGUCAGCCGCCGAGUCCCCGUUGACCGUGGGCACGCCCAUAGGUGGACUGUGCUGGAUCGUUGACCCAGAAGACCCUUCAAAGCUGAGCCCUAUUGGUGCUGAGGGUGAGGUCAUGAUCCAGGGCCCUACCAUUACACGUGAGUAUCUCGCGGAUCAGGAAAAGACCGAAAAGUCUGUGGUCCGAACACUGCCUUCUUGGGCCCCCAAGCGCGACUCGCCGUAUUACAACAGGUUCUACAAGUCUGGCGACUUGGCAAUCUAUAACGAGGAUGGAACGAUCAAGUUCGCCAGCCGCAAGGAUACGCAGGUCAAGAUCCGUGGCUUGCGCGUUGAGUUGGGCGAGGUUGAGCACCACGUGCGGACGAGAUUGCAAGGCGCCCGCCAGGUGAUUGUGGACGUGCUCAAGUCUGAGAGGAGCGCAACUCUGGUGGCCUACUUUUGUUUCAGCGAAGAUACCCGACCCAGCGCCACCAUGUAUGAUACGACCAACGACGACAAUGCCAUUUUCCUACCGAUCGAUGCCGACCUCGAGACACAAAUCACUGCCAUGACCCACGAAAUCAGCUCGAUGCUCCCGAACUACAUGAUUCCCACUCUCUUCAUCCCUUGCCGCUACAUGCCUCUGAUCACCUCCACCAAGGUUGAUCGCAAGGGCCUUCAGGCCAAGACGGCCAGCCUCAGCCAGCAGGAUCUGGCUGCUUAUUCGCUUCAAAGCGCUGACAAGACUCCACCACAAACCCCCAUGGAGUUCCGUCUCCGGAAGAUCUGGGCGCAGAUCCUGAUGCUGGAUGCAGACACGAUUGGGCGCGAUGAUAACUUUGUUCGGUUCGGUGGAGAUUCGAUUGCUGGUAUACGCUUGGUGAACACGGCGCGGGCUGAAGGGAUCCUCCUCCAGGUGAAGAAGAUCUUUGACGAUCCGCGCUUGUCCGUCAUGGCGGCUACUGCCGUCGAGCUCGACGCCGCGAACCUGGCGGAUGGUGAAAUCGGCCCCUUUAGUCUCAUCUCCCCUGAUCUUCGGGACAGUGUCACAAGCGUGGAAGUCUACAAGCAGUGCCGUCUCGGCAAGGAGCACAUUAUUGAAGAUGCCUAUCCCUGCUCGCCGCUUCAGGAGGGACUCAUGGCUUUGGCAUUGAAGAACCCGGGCUCCUACAUCGCCAAGUGGAUCUACAGACUCCAGCCGGAAACCGAUGUUGCCCGUUUCAAGCUUGCAUGGGAGAAGACGGUCGAAGCAUGCACCAACCUACGAACGCGUAUAGUUCAUCUACAGGGCGCGACCACACAGAUCGUCAUCAAGAACGACUUUUCAUGGGAGCCGACCAACGGCAUGAAGCUCAAGGAGUUUGUGAAAUCGACCGAAACGAUCACCAUGGGAUACGGCUCGCGCUUGAAUCGUCACGCUCUCGUCCAAGGCCCCGGAGGAGCGACAUAUUUCAUCUGGAUCGGGCACCAUACCGUGUACGAUGGCUGGACCAUCCGUCUCAUGCUCGGUACGAUGCAGGACAUGUACCAGGACACAUCGUCAGUGAGCCUCGCCCCGUACCCGGGCUUCGCUCAGUAUGUUCACAAUCUGGAUGACGAUGAAAUGUCCGACUAUUGGCGGUCCCAGCUUCAAGGCGCAAACAGGGCUGCUUUCCCCCCGAACCCUCGUGCCUCGGACGACGCCGAUCCCAACGAGCUCACCAAAUCAUACAGCAAGAAGAUUGCCUUUGCUGAUCUGGAAGAUAUGUCUGUGACCAAGGCUACCAUUUUGCGAGCCGCCUGGGCCAUGCUCAUCGGCCGCUACUCUGACUCCGACGACGUGUGCUUCGGUUCGACUGUAUCUGGCAGACAGGCACCGGUCAAUGGAAUCGAGACCAUGCCCGGCCCAGCUAUUGCUACCGUACCUGUCCGCAUCCGCUUUGAUCAGGACGACUCCACGCUCAACUUCCUUCUCAACGUACAGGAGCAGUCUCUGGAUAUGAUCGCCUAUGAGCAGUACGGUUUACAGAACAUCGCGAAGGUCAGUGCUGAUGCACGCGAUGCCUGUAACUUCUCUAGUCUGCUGGUGCUCCAGCCCAUGAAGUAUCUCACAGGUAUGGCGGAAGACCUGGUUCAACAAAGCAGCGACGAGGGGGAGUCCAUCGAAGAACUUCCAGAGGGAUACUUCAACUACCCUCUCGUUGCUCAGGCUUACGUCUACGAUGACUACAUUAACCUCGUCUUCACCUACAAGUCCGAUGUUCUGACCGAGUCCGACCUGUACGGUCUCGCCAAUCAGUAUGAUAAUAUCGUGCAGCAGCUGUCUGUUCAGCGCGAUACCCCUCUGGCUGCUGUGGAUAUGGCCAGCCGCUUUGACCUCGAAAAGGCUAUCGAGUUCAACCCCGAGGCCCCUCAGGUCGUGGACUCGUGUGUCCACCUCCUGAUCGAGGACCAGGCCCGAACGCGACCUGACGCGCCAGCCAUUGUAGGCUGGGACCAAGAAUUCACCUACGCCGAAUUGAACGCGGCCGCCAACAGACUUGCCCACUAUAUCCAGAGAAGCUUUGGUGUGCAGACUGGCGACCUUGUGCACGUGUGCUUCGAGAAGUCUGCGUGGCAUUUCGUGGCUAUUCUAGCCAUCAACAAGGCUGGCGCCGCUUGGGUCCCGCUCGAUCCAGGCCAUCCGGCCCAGCGUCAACAACAAGUUGUCUCUCAGACUCGUGCCAAGCUGGCCUUGGCAUCCAAGCUUCACGGCGUAGUAUGUGAAGGCUUCCUCGAGUCGGUCCUUGAGGUCUCCCCUGAGCUAAACGCCAAAUUGGACACGAAGUAUCCCGACACUGCCUUACAGGCUCCCAAAACCACCGUCACGCCCCGUGAUGCGGCGUACGUGCUGUUCACCUCAGGUUCAACAGGCACACCCAAGGGUCUCGUUAUGGAGCACGGGUCCGUCUGCAGCAGUCAGACUGCAAUCGGCCGCAGGCUGCGUAUCACGCCCGAGGUCAGGAUGUUGCAGUUCGCGGCCUUUGUUUUCGACUUGUCCAUUGGAGAAAUCUUCGGCCCGUUGAUCCACGGCGGUUCCGUUGUGAUUCCCUCUGAUGAAACCCGAAUGAACGGAAUCAAGGAAUUUAUCAACGAGAAGAAGGUUAACUGGUCAUACCUGACGCCUUCAUUCGCACGUACCUUGUCUCCUCAGGAUGUCCCUUCGCUCGAGUUGCUUCUCUUCGCCGGUGAAGCUGUUCCUCACGAUGUCUUCCAGAAGUGGGUUGGUUCUAUUCGCUUGAUCAAUGGUUGGGGACCUGCAGAGACCUGCUGUUUUAGCACGCUCCACGAGUGGCAGAGCGCAGAUGAGUCGCCAUUGAACAUUGGCCGGCCCGUUGGCGCGUUCUGCUGGAUCGUGGACCCCAAAGACCCCCAGAAGAUUGCCCCCUUCGGGACCUUGGGUGAGGUCAUGUUGCAGGGCCCGACUCUUCUUCGCGAAUAUCUGGCCGACCCUCAGAAGACCGACGCAGCUUCGGUCACCUCGUUGCCGGACUGGACGCCGCUGCGCAAUCAAUUCAAGCGCUUCUUCAAGUCGGGCGAUCUCUGCUCGUACAACGCUGACGGCACGAUAGAGUUCUCUUCUCGUAAGGACACCCAAGUCAAGAUCCGCGGUCUCCGUGUCGAACUUGGUGAAGUUGAACACCAUAUCCGCGAGAAACUUGCUGGUGCAAAGCAGGUUGCCGUGGAUGUGUUCAGAACCGAAGCUGGCGCCAACUUGGUGACCUACUUCUCCUUCAACGACGACACGAAGACGGCGAUCGGCUCGGAAGAGAAGGUCUUCUUGCCCUUGGACAAGGACUUGCAGAAUCAGCUUAGUAGUAUGGUGAGCGAGUUGAGCAUCACGCUGCCCCGCUACAUGAUUCCGACCUUGUUUAUCAAUUGCGAGUUCAUGCCAUUCAUCACCUCGACCAAGCUUGACAGAAAGGGUCUGCAACAGCGUCUCAAUGGGUUGAGCAAGGAAGACUUGGCGUCCUAUUCGCUCGUCAACAGCGAAAAGCGUGCCCCAGAGACGGAGAUGGAGAUCCGCAUGCAACAGAUGUGGGCAGAGAAGCUGAACCAAGCACCUGAAGGCAUUGGCCGGGACGAUAGCUUCUUGGCUAUCGGCGGUGACUCAAUCGCUGCCAUCUACCUGGUCACUGCUCUUCGGGAGCAAGGUCUUUUGCUUACCGUGAAGGACAUCUUUGACGACCCUCGCCUGGCCUCUGUGGCCGCUAAAUGCCAGGUUGCCGAUGAGGACACUCCUGACUUUACCAACGUGCCACCUUUCAGCCUUCUCGAGCAGGCUCUAGCUGAUAACGUGGCCGAAGCCGCCCGCAAGCAAUGUGGCCUCGCCAGCAACCAGCGUGUUGAGGACGCGUACACAUGUACAGCCCUGCAGGAAGGUCUCAUGGCCUUGUCACUGAAGCAGCCCGGAUCCUACAUCGCCAAGUGGGUGUACAAACUUGGCGAGAACACGGAAGUUGAGGCCUUCAGAAAGGCCUGGGAGCUCACUGUUAAGGCUUGCCCUAAUCUCCGCACACGCAUGAUUCAGGUUCUCGGUGCCACAGUGCAGGCAGUGGUGACUGAUGAUGUGGCCUGGGAGUCUACGGAGGGGGUGGACCUGAAGACCUUCCUCGCCAACGCCCAAGCUAUGCAGAUGACCUUUGGCGAUCGGCUUAGCCGUUAUGGAGUUGUUCAAGGGGACGACGGCGGCCAUUACUUUGUCUGGAUUGCCCACCACGCCAUCUACGAUGGCUGGACGAUGCGUUUGAUGCUGAGCACCCUUGCCGACCUCUAUCAAGGGUUCGAGACAUUGGCCUUGAAGCCUUAUGCCUCCUUCAUCAAAUAUGUCAAGUCCAUGGACACCGAAGCCGCUAAGAAGUACUGGUCUCAGCAGCUUGAUGAUGCAAAGAAGGCCAGCUUUCCUCCCACCGCCAAAUCCGGCUCCAAGAAGGACAAGGUCACUCGAAUCAUGCGGACACACAUCGAGUUCCCCGAGACGACAGGCUCGUCGGUCACCAAGGCCACCCUCAUUCGUGCCGCUUGGGCUGUCGUUCUAGGUAGGUAUUGCAACAUGGACGACAUCACCUUCGGCACGACCGUGUCUGGCCGUCAAGCCCCUGUACCAGACAUUGGCGAGAUGCCUGGCCCGAUGGUGGCCACGAUUCCUGUUCGCGUUCGUCUCAACGCCAAGCAGCCUGUUUCCGACUUUUUGAAGAACAUUCAAAGCCAAGCAUCCGAAAUGAUUACGUACGAGCAGUUUGGCAUGCAAAAUAUUGCCAAGAUCAGCCCCGAUGCACAGGACGCUUGCGACUUUAGCAGCCUGUUGGUCGUGCAGCCCUUCCAGCAGAUGGCAGCAGUUGGCGCACAUUCCGAUGCCGUCCUUGAAAUGGACUCAUCCGUCAAGAAUGGUACCGAGGAUACCCUCGAAGGCUACUUCAGCUAUCCGCUUGUGGUCCAGGGCGAGGUGUCUGACAGCCACGUCGACCUUGUGCUUACCUACGAUUCCGAGAUCCUUGAGGAGUCGCAGAUGACCCGCCUCUCCCACCAAUUCGACCACGUCGUCCAGGCCUUGUCUGCACAGGACGAGCGCCCUCUCGGCGAUGUAUCUGUGGCGUCAGCCGAAGACCUUCAGCAAGCUCUGAAGUACAACCCUGAGACACCGGAAAUCGUGGACUCCACUUUGCAUGAGCUUAUUGCCCAGCAGGCAGAGAUCCGCCCUGAUGCCGUUGCCAUCAGCGCCUGGGACUUGGAGUUGACGUACAAAGACUUUAACGCGUCUGCCAACCGUCUGGCGCACCAUCUGGUUGGCCUUGGCGUCAAGUCCGGCGAUCUCGUGCACGUCUGUUUCGAGAAGUCUGCCUGGCACUUUAUCUCCAUCCUCGCUAUCAUGAAAGCCGGCGCAGCUUGGGUGCCCUUGGACCCUGGCCACCCAGCCCAACGCCAGCAACAGGUUGUGAAGCAGACUGGCGCUACCUUGGCUCUUGCCAGUCCUGCUAAUGUCGCUUUGUGCGAGGGACUACUGGAGAAGGUCCUUGAGGUCACACCGGAGCUUGAUGCUACCCUUUCAGAGAACCACGAACUGAGCGUCAGCGCUCCCCAGACCGACGUCAACCAUCGCAACGCUGCCUAUGUGUUGUUCACCUCAGGAAGUACUGGCACACCCAAGGGUCUUGUUAUGGAGCAUGGGUCCGUUUGCACGUCCGCUCGUGCUAUUGGCAAGAGACUGAACCUUACCGCUGAUGUGCGCAUGCUUCAAUUCGCAGCGUUUGUCUUUGAUCUUUCGAUCGGUGAGAUUUUCGGUCCCCUGACGCAUGGAGGAAGCCUCUGUAUUCCUUCUGACCAGGACCGUCUUAACAACCUGCCCGGCUUCAUUCGCGACAGACAACUCAACUGGGCCUAUCUGACCCCUGCAUUCGCCCGAACCAUCAGCCCAAAGGACCUGCCGUCACUUGAAUUGCUCCUCUUCGCCGGCGAAGCUGUGGGCCGUGACGUGUUUGAGCAGUGGGUAGGCAAGGUCCGUCUUAUCAACGGUUGGGGCCCGGCCGAGACUUGUUGUUUUUCGACCUUGCACGAGUGGAAGUCUAUCGAGGAGUCGCCUCUCACAGUCGGUCGUCCCGUUGGCGGUUACUGCUGGGUGGUUGAUCCAGAGGACCCGAGCAAGCUGGCUCCAAUCGGCACCAGCGGCGAAGUCGUGAUCCAGGGACCAACGCUGUUGAGGGAAUACCUCGCAGACCCUGAGAAGACCAAGGCCGCGAUUGUGCCCACCCUCCCGGACUGGGCUCCUCGCCCCGACGAAGCACACUGGAACCGGUUUUACAAGUCCGGUGACUUGUGUACCUACAAUUCCGACGGGACUAUCGAAUUCGCUUCUCGCAAGGAUACACAGGUCAAGAUUCGUGGUCUCCGUGUCGAGCUUGGAGAAGUCGAAUACCACGUGCGUAGCUCGCUCAAGGGUGUCAAGCAGACCGCGGUCGAUGUUUUCAAGACCGAUGCUGGUGCGACGCUUGUGGCUUAUUUCUGUUAUAACGAGGAAACUCGCCAGGCCGGAGCCACAAACGACGUAUUUGCCCCGUUGACCAAGGAGGUACAGGGCCAGGUGACGGAGAUGAUCGGACAGUUGAGCGUGUCACUUCCCCGUUACAUGAUUCCCACGCUUUUCAUUCCUUGUUCUUAUAUGCCUGUCAUCACCUCGACCAAGUUGGAUCGCAACAAGCUGAAGGCUUUCACAGCUGCCCUCUCGGAUCAGAAGCUCGCACAGUAUGCCCUUGAUGAUGCCGAGAAACGCGCCCCUGAAACGGACAUGGAGAAGCGGUUGGUCGAGCUGUGGGCAACGAUCCUCAAGAAGCCCGUUUCAGCCAUUGGUCGCGACGAUAACUUCCUGCGCAUUGGCGGAGACUCAAUUGCUGCCAUGCAGCUCGUGGCCCAGGCUCGAGAGUCUGGACUUGGCUUGACGGUUAAGGACAUCUUUGACGACGCUCGCUUGUCUGCUGUUGCUCUCAAGGCUGUGGAAUUGGAUGGCGAGGUAAUUCAUGGCCAAAUCAAGCCGUUCAGCCUGCUGAGCGAUGCUCAACGCAGCGCCGUCAUGGACGAGACCACCAGCCUCAUGGCCCUGACUAUGCAGACACCCAGCGCCUAUGUCGUCAAGCACGUGUAUAAAAUCGCCGAGUUGGCCGACAUUUCGCAAUUCAAGGCUGCUUGGGAAGAGACCAGCCGUACCUGCGAAAACUUGCGUACACGCAUCGUUGCUAUUGACGACACGCCCCUUCAAAUCGUCCUGAACGAUGACAUUGCUUGGGAAGACACCCAUGGCAUGGGGAUCGAUGAGUACAUGUCAUCCACCAAAGCCAUUACCAUGACAUACGGAUCCCGGCUUGCGCGGUUUGCCAUCGUCAAGGACGGCGAAGAGCACUACUUUGUGCAGAUCUUCCACCAUUCAGUCUUCGACGGCUGGUCGCGAGGCAUCCUCCUUGAUGUCCUUCAGUCCCAUUAUCUCGAGGAACCCCUCCCAAGCUUGAUCUCUUAUGUCAACUUCAUCAAGCACGUCACCCAGCUAGACGAGAAGGUUGCUGCCGGUUAUUGGAAGGACCAGCUGGAGAACUCCAAGGCCUCCGUGUUCCCUGAACUGCCCACCGACGAAUCGCACAAGUACGUGACGCGCAGCUUCUCGAAGCGCGUGACGAUCCCCGACACCGCCACCGCUACAGUGACCCGUGCUUCAGUCAUCCGUGCCGCCUGGGCCUUCGUCCUUGCCCGCUACAGCGAGACGGAGGACAUUGUGUUCGGUGCCACCGUGUCUGGACGCAACGCACCUGUCCCUGGUCUUGAGUCUGCACCAGGACCUGCAAUCGCAACGGUGCCUGUUCGUGUACAGAUUGAUACCUCUCAGGCGAUUCCCGACUUCCUUCAAGGAAUCCAGAGCCAAGCCCUCGAGAUGACAUCCUACGAGCAGUAUGGACUCCGCAAAAUCACUCGACUCAGCCAAGACAUCAAGGACAGCUGCAACUUCAGCAGUCUCAUCGCUGUGCAGCCUGCUGACCAGGACAUUAUUGCCAACAAUGAACUCCUUUCCUUCGCUGAAGAGAAGAUCGGUGAUGCUAUGGACAGCUACUUCAACUACCCACUAGUCUUGGAGGCCUUCCUGGAGGAGGAGUCCAUCAACCUCCACAUGACAUACGAUGCUUCGGUCGUUAGCGAGCACAGGCUCGAGGCUCUCAGCAACCACAUGGACCAUGUCAUUCAGCAAUUCUUCACACAGGACACGCCUCUGGGUGAGGUCACUCUUACCGGACCCUGGGACAUGCAACUACUCAAGGAGUGGAACUCGGAAUCGCAUCCCAUCAUCGAGUCCACCGUUCCCGAAAUCAUUGCCCGCAAGGCCGCCGAGGUUCCUGACGAGGAAGCCAUCUUCUCUACAGAAGCGUCGUUGUCGUAUGCUCGUUUUGAAGAACUCACCGCAAACUUCGCAGCAUAUCUUUCUUCCCUUGGCGUUCGCCGGGGUACCUAUGUGCCCUUCUGUAUGGAGAAAUCAGCCUGGGCUAUAGUCGCCCUCAUCGGUAUCCUGAAGGCCGGUGGUUGCUACAUUGCCCAGGAUCCCGCGCACCCUCGAGCUCGCCGACAAGAGAUCAUCGACCAGAUCGAUGCCAAGUACCUCGUCGUGUCGCCCGAAAUUGCCGGCGAGUGUACUGGCAUGACACAGAACGUGGUUGUCAUCACCCGGGAGAUGAUCGAACAGCUGCCUGCCGGUACACACGACAAGCCUAGACCAGAGGAUCCCGCCUACGUACUCUUCACAUCCGGAUCGACUGGCAAGCCGAAAGGUAUCGUUGUCGGUCACGGUGCUUGCUGCACCUCUAUCGUCGGCCAGGUGAAGAUCUGCGAGGUCGACAUCGAUGGGCCGCCCCGUUUCUUGCAAUUCGGAAGCUUCGUUUUCGACUCUUCCAUCACCGAGAUCUUCCUGACCUUGUCUUCGGGUGGCGCUGUGACUGUUCCUGUAGGGAACGAGCGCUUGCAGGGUGCCCCCGAGUUCAUCAGGCGUUCUCGCACUACCGCAGCCAUUCUGACGCCUACCUUUGCCCGCACGUUCGGGCCCGAGGAUGUGCCUAGGUUCAAGAGCCUGUUCCUUGGUGGCGAAGCUCCCGGCCGCGACAAUCUCGAAACAUGGUUCGGACACGUCAAGUUGAUCAAUGCCUAUGGCCCUGCCGAGAUCGUUGUGAUGUGCGCUGGUCACACGUACCAGUCCGCCGAAGAGGCCGCUACAAUUAUCGGCCGACCACGCGCGCACACAAACUGGAUUGUCGAGCCUGAUAACCACAACCGUCUGACCCCAGUUGGUUGCAUUGGCGAGCUGGUAGUCCAAGGCCACGCGCUUGCCAAGGGAUACCUGAAUAAUCCCGAGAAGACCGACGAGGUGUUCCUCAAUUCUGUGGAAUGGAUGUCUGAGUCGCUCAAUGUGUCUGGGGCCUCGCAGCGUUUCUACAAGACUGGUGAUCUCGUCAAGUACCUCCCCAAUGGCGAGAUGCAAAUUCUGGGACGUCUCGAUACUCAGGUCAAGGUUCGUGGCCAACGUAUCGAACUUGGAGAGAUCGAGUCUCGUGUCAGGAAGGCCGCCCCCGAGGUCCAACAAGUGGCUGGUGUUGUCGUGCGCUACAAGGCGCGCCAAACACUUGUCGUCGUCCUCAGCAAAGAAGGCGAGUCUUCCGACUCCGAAUCUCGGUUCCUCCCGAUGGACGAAGAGAUGCAAAAGUUCCUUUCGAACAUUGGCGCUGAUCUCAAGGCAUCCCUUCCUGGCUACAUGGUGCCAUCUAUGAUCGUCCCGAUCCGAAAAAUGCCCGUCAUGGGUGCCUCGCAGAAAACUGAUAGAAAGGUGCUCCAGGGCUUCAUGGAUGAGCUUUCUCAGGAAGAGCUCAGCUCUUUCGCACUGGGCGGCCAGAAGAAGGUUGAGCCAACAACCGAGAACGAGUUCAAGUUACGCGAUGUCUGGUCCAAGAUUCUUGAUCUCGGCGUCGAGGAGAUUGGCAAGGAAGAUCAGUUCUUGCAAAUCGGCGGUGACUCUAUUACUGCUAUUCAACUCGUCUCCAUGGCUCAGCAAAUCGGUCUCGGCUUGAGCAUCAGCCAAAUUUUCAAAGACUCGCGUCUCUCAACCCUGGCCGAAAUUGCGACUCGUUCAGAACAGGCUGGACCUACCGAGAUCGCUCCCUUUGCCCUCGUUGACGAGUCUCGCAAGUCCGCAAUUGAGAAGCUUGUCCACAACCAGACGGGUCUGGAAAGGGUCGAGAUUGAAGAUGCGUACCCAUGCACCUCCCUGCAAGAAGGUCUCAUGGCCCUUUCGAUGAAGCAGCCUGGAUCCUACAUUGGCAAACACAUCUUCCGCCUGACAAACCAUGUGGAUGUAGGCCGCUUCCAACAAGCCUGGAGCCAGACUCUCGAACUUUGCGCCAACCUUCGCACUCGCAUCGUGUCCGAGGGCGAUUUGACUGUUCAGGCCAUUCUCAAGACCGAAGCUGAAUGGGAGGACUCCAAGGGAUUGGGCUUGCGCAACUUCAUGGAUAAUGUUGCGAGCCAGAUUACCAUGACCUACGGAUCCAAGUUGUGUCGCGUGGCUCUCGUCGAUGAUGACAGCGUCAAGUACUUCGUCUUCAUCUGCCACCACGCCAUCCAUGAUGGUUGGUCGCUGCGCCUCGUGUUCAGCACCCUCUUCUCCAUUUACACCGAUGUUGAGCUCCCCGCCUUGGAAAAUUUCAACCGUUUCAUUGAGUAUGUUGACUCGAUCGAUAAAAAUGCUGCCCGCUCCUAUUGGAAGGCUCAGCUUAAGGACGCCAAGCGAGCCACGUUCCCACCUCGUGCCCUUAUGGAAGACGCCAAGGUCCGCAUCGUCACGAAGAUGAUCGAUCUUCCCAAAACUGGCAACUCGACCAUUACCAAGGCUACCAUUGUCCGUACUGCUUGGGCCAUGGUCCUUGCGAAGUAUUGCGAUACUGAAGAUGUGACCUUUGGCACUACCAUCUCUGGUCGUCAGGCGCCACUUUCCGGCAUCGCGGAUAUGCCUGGCCCGAUGGUCGCUACCGUGCCGGUCAGGGUUCAGUUCAACCAGCAGGAGAAUGCUGGGGUCCUCUUGAACAAUGUGCAGAACCAGGCGGCCGAAAUGGUUCCAUAUGAGCAAUUCGGUUUGCAGAAUAUCUCGAAAAUCAGCACUGAGGUUCAAGAAGCCUGCGACUUCUCAAGCUUGCUUGUCAUUCAGCCCCUGAGCCUCGGCGCUUCGGAUGACGGCGAAGCAAUUUGGACCGAAGGCUCUGGCAAAUUCGAAGAUGAAGAAUCGGUUGAAGGAACUUUCAACUACCCUCUCGUGGUUGAAGCCCACGUGGGCGAAUCUCAAGUAUUCAUUGAGAUGGCCUACAACCCUGCCAGUCUUCCCAAGGCACAAAUGGAGAUCAUCUGCAACCAGCUCGCUCAUGUCGUCCAAAGCCUCGUUUCUCAUGAGGACAGGAUGCUUGAGAAUAUUGAGGUUGCUUCUGCCGAAGAUUACCAGCUCGUCGCCCAAUGGAACGAGCAAAUCGUCCCAGACGUAGUCGAGUCUACAAUCAACGAGCUCUUUGAGACGCAAGCCCUUUCGCGACCCGAUGAUGUUGCAGUGCGCGCGUGGGACGCCACCCUGUCAUACGGCGAGCUCUACAGCGCAGUCAACCGUCUGGCCCAUUUCCUCGUCACCGAUUUUGACGUACAUGUCGAUGACAUUGUGCACGUUUGCUUCGAAAAGUCAGCCUGGUAUGUCGUAGCGGUCCUGGCGAUCAACAAGGUCGGCGCUGCCUGGAGUCCGCUCGAUCCUUCACACCCCGAGCAACGUCACCGCCAGAUUAUUGAUCAAACUCGCGCAACGGCCGUCCUCACAUCCGCCUCCUCUCUCGAUCAUUGCACGCGAAUGUUCCCCAAAGCUAUUGCAGUCGGUCCCGAGUUGAUGGCGCAGCUAACCAGCAAGGGGCUCGAUGGAGAACGUGGUCCUGUCUGCAAUGUCAUUCCCCGACAGGCUGCCUACGUUCUGUUCACUUCUGGAAGUACUGGCGUGCCCAAGGGUGUUGUUCUUGAGCACGGCAGUGUCUGCACCUCGCAAGUUGAUAUCGGGAAACGUCUUGGUCUCAAACAGGGCAUUCGAAUGCUUCAAUUCUCCGCCUUCGUGUUCGAUGUCUCUGUCGGUGAGAUCAUCGGAUCGCUUCUACACGGCGCCACGAUUUGCAUUCCUUCCGAGGAGGCCAGAAUGAACAGUCUGCCCGAUUUCAUCCGCGAGAUGGAGGUCCAGUGGGCCUAUCUGACCCCUGCCUUUGCCCGUACCCUCAAGCCGGAAGGGCUGCCAUCUCUCGAGCUUCUGCUGUUAGCUGGCGAGGCUGUUGGUCAGGACGUCUUUGACACAUGGUAUGGUCGUGUGCGUCUUGUCAACGGUUGGGGCCCGGCCGAGACCUGCUGCUUCAGCGCUAUCCAUGAAUGGCAGGCCAAGGAAGAGUCUCCCCUAACAAUCGGCCGACCUGUGGGUGGUUCAGGGUGGAUCGUUGACCCUGAAAACCACAAUCGCCUCGCACCCAUUGGAACCUUGGGUGAGAUUGUCAUCCAUGGGCCAACAUUAUUGCGCGAGUAUUUGCGCUCGCCGGACAAGACCCAGGAGGCUGUCAUCGAGGAUAUCCCGGCCUGGUCUCGCCACCAGUCUGGCAAGCACUGGGGUCGCUUCUAUAAGACAGGUGACCUGGCGGCUUAUAACGCGGACGGUACUAUCCUCUUUUCUGGUCGUAAAGACACUCAGAUCAAGAUUCGCGGUCUUCGUGUGGAAUUGGGCGAGGUCGAGCACCGCAUUCUCUCCAACCUCGAGGGCGUGCAGCAUGUGGUUGUCGACGCCUUCAAGAGCGAAGUCGGCGCCAACCUCGUUGCAUACUUCUCAUUCAGCCACGAGUCACGCCCCGCAAAGGCCACUGAGACUGUCUUCGAGCCGCUCACCGAGGAGGUCCGCGAGCAUCUGAGUGCACUGCUCGGUGAGCUUGGUGUGUCCUUGCCUCGCUACAUGGUGCCAACCGUGUUCAUCAUGUGCAGAUUCAUGCCGGCAGUGUCUUCCAACAAGUUGGACCGCAAAAGUCUCCGCGAAAGAACUGCUGCCCUCUCAAAGGACGAUCUCAGCGCUUAUUCACUGACCGACUCUGAGAAGCGUGCACCCGAGACUGAGAUGGAAUUCAAGCUACAGAAGACAUGGGCUAAGCUGCUCGGUGUCGCCGAGGAGACUAUUGGGCGGGAUGAUAGCUUCCUUCGCAUUGGUGGUGACUCCAUUGUCGCGAUUCAGAUGGUCACUGCCUUGCGCGACGAGAACAUUCGCAUCACGGUUAAGGAUGUCUUUGAUGACCCCCGUCUGAUGGCUGUUGCACUCAAGGCACAGCAGAUGGAAGGCUCCGUUGCUAAGCCCGCCGAUGUCACACCUUUCAGCCUCAUCAGUGCCUCGGAGAAAGAGCUUGUGGCUGGUCCUCUGGUUCGAGAGCAGUGUAACCUGUCACCUGCACAGGACAUCGAGGACGCUUACCCAUGCACAGCCCUACAGGCUGGGUUCAUGGCCAUGUCCGUCAAGCAGCCUCGUUCCUACAUUGCAAAGUGGCUCUAUCGUCUGUCGGACGAUAUCGACGUUGCCCGCUUCAAGUCGGCGUGGGAGCAGACUGUCGAUCAAUGUCACAACCUACGCACUCGAAUUGUCAAUAUCAAGGGCACCACGCUCCAGACUCUCCUCACCAACGAUGUCCACUGGGAAGAUACACGUGGUCUGGACCUGCCGGCCUUCCAAGAAAAGAUCAAGUCAUUCGAGAUGACCUAUGGCUCGCGUCUCAUGCGCUAUGGUCUUGUUGAACAGUCUGACAACCAACGCUUCUUUGUCGUCGCCAGUCACCACGCUGCCUUUGAUGGAUGGAGCAUGCGACUUCUACUGAGCACAUUGGCUGACGCAUACCACGCAACCAACACCUUGACGCUGCAGCCCUUCUCCGGCUUCAUCCAGUACAUCAAUGAACUCGAUCAGGAGGCAGCUGCCGUCUACUGGACUGAGCAGCUCGACAGCGCUAAGCGUGCUACUUUCCCUACGCCCAAACCUGGCAGCCAGGGCAAGGCACGGAUGCUGCGCAAGGAAAUGGCCGUUGCUCCGUCCUCCAACUCCUCGAUCACCAAGGCAUCGGUUGUGAGGGCAGCGUGGGCCAUCGUUCUGGCCCGUUAUUCAGAGACAGACGACAUUACCUUCGGCACGUCUGUUUCCGGCCGUCAAGCCCCCGUGCCUAACAUUGGCGAAAUGCCUGGGCCUAUGGUCGCAACUUACCCUGUGCGUCUUCGCUUGGAGAAGGAGAAGACAGUGUCACAGUUCCUUCAAGACGUGCAAACACAAGCCCUCGAGAACGUGGCCUACGAACAGUACGGUCUGCAGAACAUCUCAAAGCUGAAUGAGGAUGCCAAGGACGCCUGCGACUUCUCGAGUCUUCUCGUAAUCCAGCCGAUUCAGCAGAUGGCGUCAAUCGGAACACACAUCGACUCCAUUCUUUCCAUUGACGAGGCCGAGGAUUCGGAUGACCAGGUCGACAACUACUUCAGCUACCCCCUCGUCGUACAAGGCGAAGUUUCCGAGACGCAGAUCAACUUUAUGAUCACCUACGACUCGGGCGUUCUUGAGGAGACACAGAAGUCGGUCAGCGACAUCUCUGUCGCCUCACCUUGGGACCUCCAGCGAGCCAACGAGCUUAACAACACCGCACCCGAAAUCAUGAACGUAUGUUUCCAUGAGAUGUUUGAGAAACAGGCCCGCCUGCGUCCCGACGCACCCGCGGUGCAUGGGUGGGACAGACACUUCACCUACAGCCUUCUGAACGGGGCUGCCAACCGCCUGUCUCACUAUAUCGUUCAAGAGUAUGGUGUCAAGAGGCACGACCUUAUUCAUGUCUGCUUCGAGAAAUCGGCUUGGUAUUACGUUUCUAUCCUCGCCAUCAACAAGGCUGGCGCUACCUGGGUUCCCCUUGACCCCGGCCACCCAUCGCAACGACAUCAGCAGGUUGCCAAGCAGACUGGCGCCAACCUCAUUCUCACGUCCAGUCUCCAUGCUGAUCUGGUUUCUGGUCUUGUCGAGAACGUGCUACAAGUCACAGCUGACCUUGAUUGGGACUUGGCUCGCGAUGUCGAAUCUAGCAAGCAGGCCCCCGUCACAGACGUCGACCCAAGAACCGCUUGUUAUGUCUUGUUUACUUCCGGUUCGACGGGUGUUCCGAAGGGCUUUGUCAUUGAGCAUAGAGCCUUGGUGACAAGCCAAAUGACACUGGGCGCACGUCUUCGCAUGACGCCACAGGUCCGGGCGCUGCAAUUCGCCUCGCACGUCUUUGACAUGUCGAUUGCCGAGGCAGUGCCCGCCUUGAUGUUUGGUGCCUGUCUAUGUGUUCCGUCCGAGGAAUCGCGCAUGAACGGCCUCGCCGAGUUCAUCCGCGACAUGCAAGUCAACUGGGUCUUCCUCACGCCAGCCUUCGCCCGUACGCUCAAGCCCGACGAUAUCCCCAACGUCGAGUUCAUGUUCCUAGCUGGCGAGGCUGUGGGUCAGGAUGUUUUGAGCACUUGGUUCGGUCGUCUUCGCCUGGUCAACGCCUGGGGCCCGGCUGAGACCGUCGUCUGCUCCACGUUGUACGAGUACACCUCGGUCAAUGAAUCGCCCGCUAAGAUUGGUACUCCAACAGGUGGCUUCUGCUGGAUUGUCGACCCCGAGGAUCCAACAAAGCUCGCCCCUAUUGGGACGGUUGGCGAGGUUGUGAUACAAGGUCCCACACUGUUGCGAGAAUAUCUAUCCGAUCCAGAAAACACAAGGAAAUCCAUGGUCACGGAACUUCCUGACUGGGCACCUCGUUCAACGGACCCCGACUACAGCCGCUUCUACAAAUCUGGCGAUCUUUGCUACUACAAUACGGAUGGCACAAUUGAGUUCUCGUCCAGGAAGGACACUCAAGUCAAGAUUCGUGGUCUUCGCGUGGAAUUGGGCGAAGUUGAACAUCAUAUCCUCGAUGGCCUGCAGCAUGUUCAGCAGGUAGCUGUUGAUGUGCUCAAAACCGAUGCCGGUUCCAACCUCGUCGCGUACUUCUGCAACAGCGAUGAGACAAGCACAAGAGCUGGCCCCGAAACCUUCAUGCCGUUGGAUGCCGGCAUGAAGAAGAACGUGACGGCUUUAAUCGGCAAGAUGUCGGUAGCCCUGCCUCGUUACAUGGUGCCCACCAUCUUCAUUCCUUGCGCGCACAUGCCUACGAGCUCUUCCACCAAGGUCGACCGGAAAAAGCUUAAGUCUUUGACUGCCGAUCUCAGUCAAGAGCAGCUUGCCAUCUACGCUUUGACUGAUGGCGAGAAACGGGCGCCCGAGACGGCAAUGGAAAGGCGUCUGCAGAUGAUCUGGAGCAGCAUCUUGUCGCUGCCACAGGACAAGAUUGGUCGAGACGACAGCUUCCUACGCAUUGGCGGUGACUCAAUUACCGCUAUUCAAUUCGUCAGUCUUGCCAGGGAUGAGGGCAUCGCGAUCACCGUGAAGGACAUCUUCGACGAUGCUCGUCUCUGCGCUGUGGCCGAAAAGGCUGUCGAGACCGAUAACACCAAUCCCAAUGCGCUGGCUCCAUUCAGCUUGCUUGAAGGCCGUGUUGAGGUUGAUGUUGUCAAGGACGCUGUUCGCGAGCAGUGUGGAUUUACUGGAGACUUUGUCAUUGAGGAUGCGUAUCCUCUUACCUCACUGCAAGAGGGUAUGAUUGCCUUGAGUGCCAAGAACCCUGGGUCCUAUGUCGUCAAGCACGUAUACCGCAUGUCUCAGCACGUGGACCUGGCUCGCUUCAGGGCUGCCUGGGAACGCACUCUACACCAGCUCCCCAAUCUGCGUACUCGAAUCGUCAACGCUGGAGAUUACGCAGUCCAGGUUCACAUUAAGGACGAAAUCUCCUGGGACGACCCCAAGGGCAUUAAUAUCAAAGCCUUCCUCAAGAAUGCCAAGGCCUAUGAGAUGACCUACGGAACCCGCCUUUCCCGGUAUGCCUUGGUGGAAGAAGGUGACGAUACCUACUUCCUAUGGCUCUGCCACCACACACUGUAUGAUGGAUGGACAAUCCGGUUGAUCCUCAGUAACCUGUUCGCCAACUACAACGACACUGAGGGCCUCCGCCUGCAGCCAUACGCUGGAUUCAUCCAGUACAUCCUCAACAUGGACCGCGUUGCUUCCAAGGAAUAUUGGCUGCAGCAGCUCCAGGACGCGAAGCGGGCCAGCUACCCUCCAGCCGGCAAGAAUGUGAAAAAGAGCAAGGGCACCAGGGUCUUGACGCACUCUAUUCACUUUGAGGAUGGGCCGAGUCAAGCCGUGACCAGGGCCACUAUCGUCAGGGCUGCUUGGGCGAUGGUCCUUGCACGCUACUGUGAGGACACCGACGUGACCUUUGGUACCGCCAUCUCCGGUCGGCAGGCUCCUGUGCAUGGUGCCGCCGACAUGCCCGGUCCCAUGAUCGCCACUGUGCCCGUGCGUGUCAAGGUCGAUAAGGACCAGGACGUGCCGUCCUUCUUACGAGAAAUCCAAAGCCAGGCCACUGGCAUGAUUGCACACGAGCAAUUUGGCCUGCAGAACAUCGCCAAGUUGAGUCCCGCCGCGGCUGAUGCUUGCGACUUUACCAGCUUGCUUGUCGUUCAGCCGUUCCAGAAGAUGUUCUCCACCCAUAGCGACAGCGAAGGCGAAAUCUGGACUGAUGCUGUGGACGAGAUGAUGGGUGAGGGCCAGUCUCUCGAGGACUACUUCAGUUUUCCUCUCGUCGUCGAGGGUCUGGUCUCCGAUGAGCUUGUUGAACUCAAGAUCAUCUACAACGCCGACGUCCUCCAAGAACAGCAAAUGGAGGCUAUAUCCCAGCAACUCAGCCAUGUGAUCAAUCAGCUCACAGCAUCAGCCGAGAAGACCCAGCCUUUGGGUGAUGUUACCGUCGCCGGGCCCUGGGAUGUGUCCAAGGUCUAUGAGUGGAACUCAAAAAUGCCUCAGGUUGUGAACGAUACUUGGUUCAACUUGAUUGAGGAACAGGCCAGGACCCGUCCUGACGCUGUCGCAAUCAAGGCCUGGGAUGGGCACAUGACGUACAGCCAGUUGAACGAGGCCGCUGAUCGUCUGGCGAUGCAUCUCGUGGACGCCCACCAUGUACAGGUCGGAGACUUCAUCCAUCUGUGCUUCGAGAAGAGCUUGUGGUACGUCGUGUCCAUGCUCGCCGUGAACAAAUCCGGUGCCGCCUUUGCUCCCCUCGACCCGUCCCACCCAGAGCAUAGGCACCGACUCGUUGUGCAGCAGACCAAGGCCAAGCUCGCCCUCGUCAGUCCUUCGGCAGCCGCUCUCUGCAAGGCCCUGGUGGAUGAUGUUCUCCAAGUCACCGAUCAACUCAAUGGUGAUUUGUGCCGGGCCUACCCUAGCCCACAGGCACCCAAGGUCAAUGUUGGCCCCAGCGACUUGGCCUACGUGAUCUUCACUUCCGGUUCCACUGGCGUACCCAAGGGUGUCAUGGUCGAGCACAAGUCACUCUGCACAAGCAUGCAAGCCAAUGCUGAGCGGAUGAACAUCACACACGAAGCCAACUUCUUGCAAUUCGCUGCUCACGUGUUCGACAUGUCCAUUGGAGAGAUCAUCAUGCCACUCGUGCGUGGUGCCACUACCAGCAUCCCAUCGGAGGCUGAGAGGAUGAACAACACUGCCGACUUCAUCAACGAGUAUGGCGUCACGUGGUUGUUCCUGACUCCUAGCUUCGCUCGCACCCUCGAUCCUAAGUCUAUCCCGAACGUGAAAUAUCUGAUCGUUGGUGGCGAGGCUGUCAAUCGCGAGAUUGCUGAACAAUGGCUUGAUCACGUUACGAUCUACUGUGCUUGGGGCCCAACCGAGACCGUUAUGGUGUCUUGUAUUCACGCGGUUGAUACUGUCCCUGAAACUACCCUCACAAUCGGUCGCCCUGUGGGUUGCUUUAUGUGGCUCGUUGACCCCGACGACCCUCGUCGCCUGGCGCCUACCGGCACAGUGGGUGAAAUCGUCGUGCAAGGCCCGACACUCCUCCGCGAAUACAUUGAGAAUCCCGAGAAGACCAAGGAAGCUAUUGUCGAAGACCUCCCCGAGUGGGCUCUGGAGAAGAGCGGUGGCCGCUGGAACCGCUUCUACAGGACCGGUGAUCUGGCCUACUAUAAUGCGGACGGCACGAUCCAGUUCUACAGCCGCAAGGAUAACCAAGUCAAGAUCCGUGGAUUGCGUGUUGAGCUGGGUGAAAUCGAGCAUCACAUCACGAACCGUCUUGAGGGAACUCGCCAAGUUGCAGUUGACGUUUUCAAGAGCGAACGUGGAACAGAGCUCGUCACCUAUUUCUCCUUCAGUGACGAGUCUCGCGUCGGCGGUUCAGUCCGUCACGAUGGAGCCAACGACCUUCUUAUGGAAAUUGAUUCCGAUCUCCAGGAGACCUUGAAGUCUAUGGUUGCCGCCCUCAGCGUCGACCUGCCUCGCUACAUGAUCCCGACAUUGUUCUUCCCCUGCCGCUACAUGCCUGUCACCUCCUCAGCCAAAUUGGACCGCAAGAAUCUACGUGAGAGAGUGGCGAGACUUUCUUCUGACGAAUUGGCUGCCUAUGCCCUGGCUGAAGGCGAGAAGCAGCCUCCAGAGACUGAAAUGGAGUUCCGCAUUCAGGCAUUGUGGUCGAAAGUCCUUGGCAUCCCUGCCGAGAAUAUUGGCCGCGACGAGUCAUUCCUGCAAAUUGGUGGUGAUUCAAUUGGUGCUAUCCAGCUUGCCACGAAGGGUCGCGAGGCUGGGCUACUGAUCACCGUGAAAGAUGUUUUCAACGAUCCCCGUCUUUCAGCUGUUGCAGAAGCUGCCAUUGAGCUCGACUCCACCAAGGCUGAUCAAAACGUGGAAGCGUUUGACCUCAUUGACGACGAGACACGCUCGUCUUUGGUUGAAAAUGUCAUUCCUCGUCAGCUCAACCUUGCUGACGGCCAGGAAAUCAUCGACGCUUACCCCUGCACUCCCCUGCAAGCUGGCCUCAUGGCCUUGGCUAUGAAGGUUCCAGGUUCUUACAUGGCACGCUUCGUCUACAAGCUAUCUGCCGAUGUUGAUAUCCCCAGAUUCAAGACUGCAUGGGAACGCAUGACCCAGCUCUGUGUCAACCUUCGGACUCGUAUCGUUGAGGUCGGUGGCGAAGCAGUGCAAGUUGUUGUCGACCCUGACCUCCGCUGGGAGAACACGGAAGGCAUGGGCAUGAAGGAUGUCAUGGCCCAUAUCAACACCAUCAAAAUGGGCUACGGCACCCCACUCAGUCACUAUGCUCUGGUCAAGGAGGGUAACGACCGAUACCUGGUCUGGGUUAUGCAUCACGCCGUUUCCGACGGUUUCUCCAACGUCAUCAACGUUUCCACCCUGCAGCAGCUCUAUGCUGGCAACGAUGUCCUCCCUCUGAGGCCCUACUCUGGUUUCAUCAAGUACACGCAGGAGAUUGACGAGGAAGCGGCCGCUGAGUUCUGGAGGGGACAGCUGACUGGCGCAAAGCAUGCCAGCUUCCCCCCUACGACUACAACUGGCUCUAAUGAAAAGACCACACGGGUUCUGGAGAAAGCCAUCACCCUGCCAACCCAAGGUGACAAUUCGAUCACCAAGGCCUCAAUUUUCCGCGCGGCUUGGGCGAUUUGCCUCGCUCGCUAUGCCGAUACGGACGACAUAUGCUUCGGCGCCACCGUUUCUGGUAGGCAAGCGCCUGUCGCGGGCCUCGAGACCAUGGCCGGACCUGUGGUUGCGACGGUUCCUGUUCGCGUUCGCAUCGACAAAACCCUCAGCGUCCACGACUUCCUGCACAGAGUUCAGAAGCAGUCCUCUGCUGCUAUUCCCUAUGAGCAGUACGGAAUGCGCAAAAUCACGCAGCUCGGCGCCGACAUCAAGGCGGCGUGUGAUUUCUCGAGCUUGCUCGUCAUUCAGCCGAUGAGCAAGAUGAACUCAAUGGACCCCGGCCAGAACGACAUCAUGUCGGGCGUCUCUGGCGAGUUUUCCCAAGACGAGUCAAUGGACGGCUACUUUACCUACCCUCUGGUGACGGACUGCCUAGUCUACGACGACAAGGUCGAGAUCAUGUUCACAUACCGAUCCGACAUCUUGAACGAGGCACAAUUGACAGCCAUGUGUCAUCAGCUCGAGCACGUCAUGGGUCAAUUGAUCACCAGUCCGUCCAGCAGCCUCGCCGAUGUGUCCGUGUCUGGUCCCAAGGAUUUGCAACAGGCCAUGCAAUGGAAUCAGGAGCAGCACCCUCUUGCCAACUACACCGUACACGGCCUGAUAUCCGAGCAGGCUGCUCGGAACCCCAACCAGGAAGCUAUCUACGCUUCUGACGGUACACUCACCUACGCUCAGCUUGAUGAUCUUUCGUCACGCCUUGCGAAGCACCUGAUCAACCUCGGCGUUGUCCCCGAAAGCAUGGUCUGCUAUUGCUUUGAAAAGUCAAUGUGGACUCCUGUCGCUAUGCUAGGUAUCGUCAAGGCUGGCGGUGUGUUCAUUCCUUUGGAUCCAUCUCACCCUGCUGGCCGACGCAGGGGCACUGUCCAGGAGGCUGACGCCCAAUUCAUCAUCGUGUCACCCAAGACUGCCCCCGAAUGCAAGGGCAUGACUCCUAACUUGGUUGAGCUGACGUCGUCCUUACUUCAGACUGUUCAGCCCGAGACAGCUGCUGAGAUUGAGAAGCGAUCACACCCACGCCAAGCUGCGUACGUUCUCUUUACUUCGGGUUCUACUGGCAAGCCCAAGGCUAUCGUCGUUGAACACGCCGCUCUUUGCGGUAGUCUGCUGGGUUAUGGUCGAUCUUACCAAAUGGACAGUAGCAACCGUGUCCUUCAAUUUUCCAGCUACGUGUUCGACGUCAGUCUGUCCGAAAUCCUGGAGACUCUUGUUCUUGGUGGCACGAUUUGCGUGCCCUCGGAUCAAGAACGCUUGGAAGACAUCGUGGGCUUCAUCCAACGCGCUCGUGUCAACACAGCCAUGUUGACGUCGUCCUUCCUCAAGACUUUGGACGCCGAUCAACUCAAGAGCUUGAAGACGUUGAUGCUUGUUGGCGAGCCCCCCACCAAAGAUGCUAUCCAGACCUGGCAGCCUCGCGUUGACGAACUCGUCAACGCCUACGGUCCUUCCGAAGUAUCCGUCUUCAUCGGCUCCCACACGUAUACCGAUCCUCAAGAACAGUCGACCAAUGUUGGUCGCGCAUUCAGUGGUAACAUGUGGAUCGUCGAGACGGAUGACUACAACAAGCUCGCACCUAUCGGCUGUAUCGGAGAGAUCUUGAUCCAGCGUGACAUGGCCCGUGGCUACCUGAACGACGAAGAACGCACCAAUGCCUCGUUCUUCCGCGAAGUGGCAUUCCUUCCGCCACCGGCCGCUGAUGACCCAAGGAAGUUCCACAAGUCGGGCGAUUUGGCCAGAUACAAUUCGGACGGGACAAUCAACUACCUCGGCCGACGUGAUACUCAAGUCAAGCUACGUGGAUACCGCAUCGAGCUUGGCGAGAUUGAGUACAAUAUCCAAAGGGCUAUACCUGACGUUGAGCACGUGGGUGUCGAUGUUGUCACAGUCGCUGACCGCGAGACUCUGGUUGCCUUUGUCAGCUUCGCCGAUGAUCAAGACCUACCCGCGGGCCAGCUUCCCGACCCUAUCGCGAACAUGACCGACGACUUGAAGGCCCGGUUCGCCAAGUUAUCUGAUGAAAUCAGCCAGUAUCUGCCCUCGUAUAUGGUGCCCACGCUCUACUUGCCGCUCACUGACAUGCUCUUCAACACCUCUCUCAAGAUGGACAGGAAGAGGCUCCGUGACCUGGCCGCUGCCUUGUCUCAGGACGACGUCAGCAAGCUGUCGUUGGGCACGGAAGACAAGGUCGAGCCUACAACGCCCAUGGAGCUCAAGCUACGUGAACUGUGGGCCGAGGUUCUAAACCUGGAGGUUGAGUCUAUUGGCAAGAACGACAACUUCCUCCAGAUUGGUGGUGAUUCAAUGUCAGCCAUCAAGCUUGUCUCCACCGCGCAGAAGCAUGGCCAUGGACUGACAGUCGCCAAUAUCUUCAGCCACCCAAGGCUGUCUGCCAUGGCUACUGUCGUCGGCAAGAUACCGAAGUCGUAUGAGACCAGUCCUUUCAGCCUCGUCCCCUUUGACUUUGACGGCACCGCUGAAGCCAUCCGCGAUGUUUGCCAACUGUCAGAGGAUCAGGUCAUUGAGGAUGCCUACCCAUGCACAUCUCUGCAAGAGGGUCUGAUGGCCCUCGCGGUGAAGACCCCUGGUUCCUAUCAGGCCAAGCUUUCCUUCCGUCUGGGCGAAAAUGUCAACAUCCCACGCUUCCAGGCCGCUUGGGAAGAAACAGUCAGGUUGUGUACCAACCUCCGCACUCGCAUCAUGCCCGUGCACGGCAAAGCGAUGCAGAUUGUCGUCAAGGACGAUAUCGAGUGGGCGCUCAACGAGGACAACAACGCAGGCUCCUUCUUCUCCUCCAUACACGACUCUCCCAUGGCUUACGGGUCUCGUCUAUGCCGAUAUGGUAUCUGGCACGAGAACGGCAAGUCGUUUUUCCUCUGGGGUGUUCAUCACGCUGUGUAUGAUGGUUGGACAAUGGGCUUGAUUAUGCGUACCCUGUACAGCACCUACCGCGGCACUGAGAUGCAGCCACUGCAGCCAUACUCCGGCUUCAUCAAGUACACAGAGGAGAUGAGCGAGACAGAGGCUCAAGAGUACUGGAAGGAUCAGUUGAGGGGGGCUAAUCGGGCCACUUUCCCUCCUGCUGCCCGCGCGCAAACCACCAAGUCUGGCAACGUCACUCGUAGCCUGACGCAGCAGAUCGACUUCCCCUCCACUACUGACGGCUCAAUCACCAAGGCUACUAUUGUUCGCGGUGCCUGGGCUGUCAUCCUUGCCAGGUACUGCGACACAAACGAUGUCACAUUCGGCACCACCAUCAGCGGUCGCCAAGCGCCAGUACCUGGUCUUGGUGACAUGCCUGGCCCAGCUAUUGCCACUGUACCUGUUCGUGUGAAGCUUGAUCGCGAUCAGUUGGUCGCUGAUUACUUGCACGAUAUCCAGUCCCAGGCUUCCGAGAUGGUCACCUUUGAGCAGUACGGUCUGCAAAAGAUCUCCAAGUUGACGGCCGAGACCCGAGAGGCUUGCAACUUCACCAGUCUUAUGGUGAUUCAACCAUUCUCUCCUGUUGCUGCCAUGAACAGCGAAGGCGAGCCCAUCUUGAAGACCAACGAGGAGCGUCUCGCCGACGAGCUGCUGGAAGGUUACUUCAGUUACCCGCUUGUGAUCCAAUGCGCUGUGUCCGAAACUGAGGAGCUUCUUCCCGAACGGAAGGAUCCGCUCAGUGCCGUCAACAUCGCCGGCGAGUGGGAUGUACAAGAAGCAUAUCGACUCAACGGAACUGGCCCGGAACUUAUCGACUCUUGCUGGCACCACAUCUUUGAGCAAAACGCCAGAGAGCAGCCCAACGCUCCCGCUGUCAUUGCGUGGGAUGGUCAACUGACAUACGCCGAACUUGAUCAGGCUGCUAAUCGUCUGUCUCAUCACCUGAUGAAGACCUAUGACAUCAAGAACGACGAACUGAUUCACAUCUGCUUCGAGAAGUCGGUUUGGUAUUUCGUGUCUAUACUGGCCGUCAACAAGGCGGGUGCCACUUUCGUGCCUCUUGAUCCCUCGCACCCCGAAGCUCGUUUGCAACAGGUUGUCAACCAGACCGGUGCUCGCCUUGGUCUUGCUUCGUCCAAGCAAACCCCCCGCUGCGCCGAGCUCUUACCCAACAUUGUUGAGGUCCAUGGUGACCUCGACGAGAAGCUCAGGGCUGAAGCUCCCGAGACUGCCAACCGUGGACCAGUCGACAACAUCUCACCACGCAACGCUGCCUACAUUCUGUUCACAUCUGGCAGCACUGGUGUACCCAAGGGCUUCGUGAUCGAGCACCGGUCUCUGAGCACGUCGCAGAUCAACAUGUGGCGCCGACUGCGCAUGACCCCGAAUGUCCGUAUGUUGCAAUUUGCUUCAUAUGUGUUCGACAUGUCGAUUGGAGAGACGAUUCCUUCCUUCCUUUUCGGCGCUUGUGUCUGCGUGCCGUCUGAAGAGACGCGUAUGAAUGGCUUGGUGGAGUUUAUCAACAAGAACCAGAUCACUUGGCUCUUCCUCACACCGGCCUUUGCGCGCACCCUUCGCCCUGCCGACAUUCCUUCCGUGGAAUUCAUCAUCCUCGCAGGUGAAGCCGUCGGACAAGACAUCCUCGAUACCUGGUUCGGUAAGAUUCGUCUUGUUAACGGUUGGGGUCCGGCUGAGACUACCGUUUGCUCAACGAUCCACGAAUAUGCCACCCCUGACGGCUCUCCGGGAACUAUUGGAAAGUCCGUGGGCGGAUACACCUGGAUUGUCGAUCCCGAAGAUCCUCACCGCCUGGCACCUAUCGGCACCAUUGGUGAGGUUAUGAUUCAAGGACCAACCCUCCUCCGCGAGUAUCUCGCCGAUCCCGCCAAGACGGCUGCCGCCACCAUGGAUGUGCUGCCGGCCUGGGCGCCGAACACAGACCAUGAGGCUUAUAGUCGCUUCUAUAAGUCGGGUGACUUGGCCUAUUACAACCCUGACGGGACCAUGGAGUUCAGCUCACGCAAGGACACGCAGAUCAAGAUCCGCGGUUUGCGUGUCGAACUCGGUGAGGUCGAGCAUCACAUUCUCAAGUCAUUGACUGGGGUGGUACAAGUCGCUGUGGAUGUGCACAAAACAGAAAAUGCCACGAACCUUGUGGCCUAUUUCUGCUACAACGAUGACCCCAGUCAGGCUGAUAUGGUGGAGGAUCUCUUUAUGCCCAUGACGCCCGACAUGCAGAGCCAAAUCACGGAGAUGGUGGCUGAAAUCUCCAUCGCCUUGCCGUCAUAUAUGGUGCCGACGCUCUUCGUGCCAUGCCACUAUAUGCCAUUCAUCACUUCGACCAAGUUGGAUCGUAAGAAGCUCAAGGCUGAGAUCAGUUCCUUGAGCGCCGAAGCUCUUGGACAGUAUUCCCUGUCCGACACCGACAAGAGACCUCCCGAGACGGAGAUGGAGGAGAAGAUCCAGCAGCUGUGGGCGACAAUUCUUAACCGGCCGCUGAAUACCAUUGGUCGCGAUGAUAGCUUCCUGCGUAUUGGCGGUGAUUCGAUCUCUGCCAUCUACCUUGUCACGGCUGCCCGCGAUGCCGGAAUCAACCUCACAGUCAAGAUCAUCUUUGACGACCCCAGGCUUUCAGCGAUUGCCUCGAAAGCUGCCCUGAUGGAGGCCGACAGCCUUGCAGAAGACAUCAAGCCUUUCAACCUUCUCAACCCACAGUUGUACGAAGCCAUCUUCGCACAACUGCCUCGCGACCAGUGCGAGCUGAGCGAAGACCAGGUCAUCGAAAACGCUCUGCCCUGCACUCCCCUCCAAUCCGGACUGAUGGCUCUCUCGGCCACCAAACCUCGCUCCUACAUUGCCUCUUGGUUCUACAGGCUGCCUGAACACGUGGACCACCAACAUGUCAAGGCUGCGUGGGAGCAGACGGUCCGUGUCUGUACCAACCUGCGUACACGCAUUGUCCACAUGAUGGGCGCCCCUAUCCAAGUCUUCAUCCAGGAUGACAUUCAUUGGGAAGACACCGAGGGCAUGAGCUUGGCCGACUGGACGGAAGAAGCCAACCGUACCGAAAUGACAUUCGGCGACCGUCUCUGUCGCUACGCUCUUCUGCAAGACACCGACGGGCAGUGGUACUUUUCGUUUGUUGCCCACCACGCCAUUUACGAUGGCUGGUCCAUGCGUGUGAUCCUCAGCGCAUUCGCCGACGCUUACAAUGGUUCCAACGACAUUGUUCUGCAGCCGUUCGACAAGUUUAUCAAGUACAUUCUGAGCAUGGAUCAGACGGCUGCCAGUAACUUCUGGAAGAGCCAACUUCAAGACGCCGAGCGCGCCGUCUGGCCCGCCGCGCCCGCCAAGAAUGUCAAGGCCAACACGCGCAACAUGCAUACUGUUCUUGAGCUCCCGCCAACGGUGGACUCAUCCAUCACCAAGGCCACGAUUGUGCGUGCUGCUUGGGCUUUGGUCCUGGCCAGAUACUGCAACGCCAACGACGUCUGCUUUGGUAGUGCCGUCUCCGGCCGCAAUGCGCCUGUCCCUGGCAUCGGCGAGAUGGCCGCCCCUGUCGUCGCUACGGUGCCAAUCCGAGUGAUUGUGGACAAGGAGCAGACUGUCACCAGCUUCCUACAGGGCAUCCAGUCUCAAGCCUCCGAGAUGAUUGCUUACGAGCAGUUUGGCCCUCAGAACAUUGCAAAGCUCGGCCCUGAAAUGCAAGAAGCCCUCAACUUCAGCUCGCUGCUGGUCGUGCAGCCUUUCCAGAGCAUGUCCAGCAUGGGCAGCGAAGCUGACCAGGUGCUGAUUCCCGUGGAAACCGAUGAGAAGCAGGUGAACGCCAGUCUUGAGAAUUACACUGUCUUCCCACUGGUUCUACAGUGCUUUGUUUCGGACGAGGUGGUUGAAGUCAACAUCAGCUACGACUCCAACAUUGUCUCCGAGAUACAGAUGACGGGCUUGACAAACCACUUGCAGCAGACUAUCAAGGAGCUCCUCACCAAAGUUGACGAGCCGGUCAACAAGAUUGACAUUUCCAGCCAAUGGGAUAUUGACCAGGCUUACAGCUUCAACGCUGAAGAGCCCGAGAUCAUUGACUCGACCUUCAACGAAAUCUUUGCCAAGCAAGUGGAGGCCAGCCCUGACGCCCUCGCGGUCGAAGCUUGGGAUGGCGACCUCACGUACCGUGAGCUUGAUCGGGCCACGAACCGCCUCGCGCAUUUACUCAUCGAGGAGUACGGUGUAAAGCCCCAUGACUUUGUCCACGUCUGCUUUGAGAAAUCUCUUUGGCAUUUUGUGGCGUGUCUCGCUAUCAACAAGGCUGGCGCAGCCUUCGUACCAUUGGACCCUACGCAUCCGCCUCAGCGCCAUGCGCAAGUUGUCGAGACUAGCAAGUCCAAGCUUGUGCUCACCUCGGCCCAAUACGCUGAGAGGAUGGCGCCUUUGCUUGACAACGUCUUGCAAGUCACCCGUGAGCUGAACACGCAGCUCUCCCAAGAUGAGUCGAAGAGCGCAAAGGCCCCUGAUGUUACGGUUUCCCCAGACGCCGCGAUGUACGUCGUCUUCACGUCGGGAUCAACAGGUACACCAAAGGGCAUUGUCACUGAGCACCGCGCCUGUUGUAUCUCACAGGCCGCCCUCGGCAAGCGCCUGCGCAUUGGACCACAUGUCAGAAUUCUCCAAUUCGCCGCCUUCGUCUUUGACUUCUCCAUCGGCGAGAUCAUUUGCACCUGGAUGAACGGGGCGACUCUGUGUGUUCCCUCGGACGAGAUCCGCAUGAACAGCUUGGUCGAAUACAUUGCUGAGAAGGAGAUCAACACGCUCUUCUUGACGCCAUCAAUUGCCAGGACCAUCCGUCCAGCAGAUGUGCCCAAGGUCGACCUGCUCUGCGUCGGCGGCGAGGCCGUUAGCCGCGACGUCCUUGAGCAGUGGUACGGCCACAGCCGCAUUGUCAACGGCUGGGGUCCCACCGAAACCUGUGUCAUUGUCUGUACUCACGAGAUCGAAAAGGAGGGCCAGUCGCCGCUUACAAUCGGACGACCUGUGGGCGGCUACUUGUGGAUUGUCGACCCUGAGGACCCGACCAAGUUGGCUCCUGUGGGCACAGCUGGUGAGCUGGUCGUCCAGUCGCCUACGAUCAUGCGCGAGUACCUCGACGAUCCCGAGAAGACUGCUGCUGCGGUCGUCUUCGCGGACGGCCUGCCAGGGUGGGCGCCCAAGAGAUCUGACCCCCUAUGGUCGAGGUUCUACAAGUCUGGUGACCUCUGCUACUACAACGCCGAUGGUACCAUCGAGUUCGCAUCUCGAAAGGAUUCCCAGGUCAAGAUCCGAGGCCUGCGCGUGGAAUUGGGUGACAUUGAGUAUCAUGUCCGCACCAACCUGCCCCGCGUGGAACAGAUCGCUGUCGACGUUUUCAAGACCGACUCUGGCGCCAGCCUUGCUGCCUUCUUCUCUUACACCACCAAGACGGACGCCACGGACACCACCAACGAGAUCUUCGACACCUUUACCAACGAGCUCCAGGCUGAGGUUUCCACCAUGGUCAACAACCUUAGCAAGUCAUUGCCUCCAUACAUGAUUCCGACCUUCUACAUCCCUUGUCACUUCAUGCCGACGAGCACAGCUGGCAAGCUCGAUCGCAAGAAGCUAAUCAAGCUCAUGGGCAAUCUCGAUGACAAGCAAUUGGCCGCCUACUCGCUUGACGAUGCUGAGAAGAGGGCUCCGGAGACCGUCAUGGAAAUUCGACUUGCCCAGAUCUGGGCUACCUUGCUGGGCAAGUCGACCGAGGCCAUUGGUCGUGACGACAAUUUCUUGCGCAUCGGCGGUGACUCUAUUGCUGCUAUGCAGCUCGUCACCCAAGCUCGUGACGCCGGCAUCUCCAUCACGGUCAAGGAGGUGUUUGACGACCCCAGCCUCAUAGGCAUGGCCGCCAAUGCGACGGAAUUGAAGGAGAGCGCAUCAUCUGGCCGGCCAAAGCGCUUCAGUCUCCUGACACCUUUCCAGAGACAGGCUAUCCAGGGCCAGGGUAUCCGCGACCAGUGUGGCCUGUCCCGUGACGAUGUCAUCGAGGAUGCCUAUCCCUGCACUGCGCUCCAAAGCAGUCUGAUGACCUUGACCAUCAAACAACCUGGAGCGUACAUCAUCAAGCACAUAUACAAGCUAUCCACCCAAGUGGACAUCGACCGCUUCAGGAAGGCCUGGAGCAGGACCGUCGAGAUGUGCGAUGCACUUCGCACCAGGAUCGUCGACAUUGAGGACUCGUUCGCCCAGGUGGUCAUCGAGAACGACGUCCACUGGGAAGAGGUGUCCGACAACAUGGAUCUUGGCUCUUUCAUGGACUACACCAAGACCAUCACGAUGGACUAUGGGUCAAGACUCACCCGCUACGCUAUUGUCAAGGAUACAGAUGGCACCCAUUACUUUGUGCAGAUCAUCCACCACUCGGUGUUUGAUGGCUGGAGUCGUGGCCUGCUAAUGGCGACGCUUUACAGCAACUACAACGACGAGGAGCCUUCCCCUGUCCAGCCCUACUCUGGAUUUAUCCGGUACGUCAACGAGAUGGAUCUCGAGGCCGCCGGCGAUUUCUGGAAGCAACAGCUGGAGGGCGCCAAGCCUGCCACAUUCCCUCAGCUUCCUGGCCCCGAAGCUGCCAACAAGCCUCGCGCCACCGAACGGGUCACCAAGAGCAUCGAGUUUGGACCCUCGCUCAACAAAACGAUCACCAAGGCAUCCAUCCUGCGCGCCGCGUGGGCCUUGGUGCUGGGCCGCUAUGGCGAGACCGACGAUAUCACCUUUGGUGCCACCAUCUCUGGUCGCAAUGCCCCGGUUCCCGGGCUUGAAAUGAUGGCUGGACCUGCUAUUGCCACGGUCCCCGUCCGUGUGCAGGUGAACCCGGAGCAGACCGUAGCCGACUUCCUCCAGGCCAUACAAUCACAGGCCAUGGAUAUGACCACCUACGAGCAAUUCGGUCUGCCCAAGAUCACACGCAUCAGCCAGGACGCCAAGGAAGCCUGUGACUUUACCAGCCUGAUCACCAUCCAGCCUGGUCAGAGCAGCCACUCCAACAGCGCGGCUGACGAGGAGGCACUGCUGACCUUUGACGCCUCCAAGAUUGGCGACGCCAUGAACGAGUAUUUCAACUACCCCCUCGUCGUCGAAGCUGCCCUUCUCGACACCCACGUCGAGCUGGUCUUGACGUUUGACGCAAACCAUAUGAGCAGGGACAAGCUCACUGCCCUGUCGAAUCACUUUGACCACUUUGUCCAGCAGCUUCUGGUCUCGGCCGACGAACCAGUUGGGUCGCUGACAGCUGCUGGUCAAUGGGAUCUCGAGCAAAUCACCAAGUGGAACGAUUAUGUCCCCGAGGCCGUCGACUCUACCCUGCCUGAUCUGAUCAGCGAGCAAGCCAAGAUUGCGCCCGACCACGAGGCUCUCUACUCUUCUGCGCUGUCUCUCACAUUUGGCCAGCUGGACGCUCUGUCCACCCAGCUGGCUGAUCAUCUCGCUGAACUGGGCGUGAAGCCCGAGACGCUUGUUCCCUUCUGCAUGGAGAAGUCGCCCUGGGCCAUUGUCGCCAUGGUCGGCAUCAUGAAGGCCGGCGGUGUCUUCAUCCCUCUUGACCCUGAGCACCCUGUCAGCCGCAGGCAGGGUCUCAUCAACCAGGUUGGUGCCGAAUACCUGGUUGUUUCCCCCUCGACUCGCGCUUCGUGCGACGGCUUGGCUCCCCAUGUGAUCGAGCUGUCGGCUGCUCUGCUGGAGGGACUGUCGCAGCCCACUCAGCAACGCUUCAAGCCUGAGCCUACCAACGGUGCCUAUGUCCUCUUCACUUCUGGCUCCACGGGUACACCCAAGGGUGUUCUCGUGGCCCACAAGGGCAUCGCCAGCUCCAUUGCUGGCCAACGCAAGAUGUUUGACUUUAGCGGCUACAGGCCACGCUUCCUACAGUUCGCCAGCUUCAUCUUCGAUGGUAGCAUCUUUGAGAUCUUCACCACCCUCACGGCUGGUGGCACAGUCUGCUUGCCAACGGACAGCGAGCGCAUGCAGCACACUGCUGGCUUCAUGGAGCGCGCCCGCGUCGACUGCGCCAUUCUCACACCAUCCUUUGCCCGAACUGUCCGUCCUUCCGAUGUCCCCACCCUCGAGAAGCUCAUGGUGGCCGGAGAGGCGCCCGGCAAGGAUACAAUGGAGACGUGGUUCGGUCGUGUGAAGCUCAUCAACGGAUACGGUCCCUCGGAGACUUGUAUCUGCUGUGCAGCUCAUACCUAUGAGAGCGCGGAUACACCUCCCACGACGAUUGGUCGUGGUGUAGCCCAUGUCAACUGGAUCGUGGAACCGGACAACCACAACAAGCUCACCCCCAUGGGCUGCAUCGGUGAACUCCUGGUCCAGGGACACGCUCUUGCGCGCGGUUACAUCAAUGAUCCCGAAAAGACAGCCGCCGCGUUUGUCACGGACGUCGACUGGAUGCCGGCUGCCUUGGCAGGCAAGUUGCCGCAAACUUUCUAUAGAACUGGUGAUUUGGUGCGGUACAACUCGGACGGUACACUGGAGUACCAUGGCCGUCGGGACACGCAGGUCAAGGUGCGUGGUCAGCGUAUGGAAUUGGGUGAGGUCGAGGACAGGAUCAAGAAGGUCUCGGAUGCUAUUGAGCACGUUGCCGGGCUGGUUAUUCGCCACAACAACCGUCAGACCUUGAUUGCAGUGGUCACCUUCAAGGAGGCCAAAGCAUCGUCUGACGACAGCUCUCGCUUCCUCCCGAUGGAUGACGAGAUGAAAAAUUUCCUCUCUGAGCUCACAGAGGCUCUUCGCAACUCGCUGCCUGGAUAUAUGGUUCCGGCCAUGCUCCUACCGAUCAAGCAGAUGCCUUUCUUCGGCGCUUCCAUGAAGCUGGACCGCAAGACACUUCAAGGUAUCGCCGACGGACUGACUCAGGACGAGCUGGCAACAUUCUCUUCGGCUAGUCACGUCAAGACACAGCCCACUACCGAGGCGGAGUUCAAACUGCGCGAGCUCUUUGCUCGCAUUCUGGACAUGAGCCCCGAAGAGAUUGGCAAACACGAUCAAUUCCUGCAGAUUGGCGGUGACUCCAUUCUGGCUAUUCAACUAUCGUCCCUUGCGCAACAAAACGGCAUGGGCCUCACGGUGUCCCAGAUCUUCAAGGACUCCCGGCUGUCUGCCCUCGCCGAGGGCUCGUCGAGCGACAACAACUACGGCAGCUACCCCACAGAGCCAUUCGAGCUGAUGCCAGACAACAGCGUGCUCGAUGUCAUCCGUCGCGAGUGCAACCUCCCCGAUGACGCGCAAUUCGACGAUGUCUACCCUGCCACCAGUGUCCAAGAGGCCUUUAUGGUCGGCUCCAAGAAGAUCCCUGGUACGCUCCUGGCCACUCGUCUUUGGCGCCUGGGUUCUCACGUGGACAUUCCCGCCUUCAAGGCCGCGUGGGAGCAACUGUUCCAGUACUUCCCCAACAUGCGCACUCGCUAUGUGAUGCACACGACAGGCGAGACGAUUGGUGCUGUGCUUCAGGAGGACCUGACCUGGGAAGACACGACUGGCUUCAGCGUCCACUCGUACAUGGACUACGCGGCGUGCAACAUGAAGAUGUGCUGCGGCACCAGCCUGUCGCGCAAUGCCAUCAUCGAGGAGGACGGCGAAUACUUCUUCGCUUGGUUCCAGCACCACGCCAUUCUGGACGGAUGGACCAUGGGUCUCGUCAUUGAUAACCUCUUCUCCGCCUACCACGGCAUGGAGAUGCGCCCGCUCAAGAACAUUGCCAGCUUCGUCAAGUACUGCAAGUCACUGGACGAAGAGGCCAUGGCCGACUACUGGCGCAACGAGCUCUCUGGCUGCCAGCGAACCACAUUCCCACCAGAGCGAACCCCAACCACACGCCUCCGUCACGUCACUAAGCACCACCCCAACAUCAUCAGGCUGCCGGGCGCUUUCAAGAACUACGACAUCACGUCCAGCACGAUCAUGACGGUGGCCUGCGCUGCCAUGCUUGCCCACUUUAGCAAGCAGGAUGAUGUGACCACCAUGACUGUGUCGUCCGGUCGCCACGCCCCCGUCGAGGGCCUCGAGAAGAUCCCCGGUUGUAUCACAGCGCGCAUGCCACUGCGCGUGCGCUUUGACCACAAUCAGACAGUCCAAGAGCUCCUCGAGAAGAUCCAAGAUGACGCCGCCGAUCGUGUCGCGUACGAGCAGUACGGCGUGCAGAACAUGUCCAAGCUCGGCCCAGAGAUUGCCAAUGCCAUCAACGACACGACGAGCGUCUUCUCGAUGCAGCCCUGGCAUCAAAAGACGGCUGCCAAGGAGGGCCUCGAGGUGGACGAGGAAGACGAGGCCGAUAUCAAGCCGCUCCUCCAGACGGCGCAUGACAAGUACUCGCUCGCCGAGACGUCGGACGGCUUCUUCACGCAGUCGCUCAUUGUGCAGUGCUGGACGGCCGAGGAGGACAUUGACAUUGAGACGUACUGGAACUCGGAGGUUCUCACGGAUCUGCAGGCCGUCGCCGCCAAUGAUUACAUUGGCAAGGUGGCGUGUGCGUUUGUCGAGAACAUGGAUAGGCCUGUUCUUGAGGUGCUGCGGAAGAUGGGUUAGGCUUGCUUUUUUUUUCUUUUUUUCUGCUUUUCUUUCUUUUGUUAUUGUUUCCAUUAUGGAUUAUGCUUCGUUAAAUGAUUAAUAUUUUCUGUUUGAAUCUUUAUUUACGCGCGAGUCUGCUUGGUUGUGACUUGAGACUUGAACAUGUGGC